AUGGUCAAGGAAGGCAUAGUCCUUGGUCACAAGGUGUCACAAAAGGAUAUAGAGGUCGAAAAGGCCAAAAUUGAGGUGAUUGAAAAGUUGUUUCUACUUAUUUAUGUGAAGGGUGUUCGAAGUUUCUUAGGACAUGCCGGAUUUUAUAGGCGUUUCAUCAAGGACUUCUCAAAAACUACACACCUCAUGUGCAAGCUUUUGGAGAAGGAAGUGAAAUUCCUUUUUGAUAAGGCAUGUCUUAGAGCCUUUGAAUGCCUGAAGGAGAAGCUGAUUUCUGCCCUAGUGAUAAUUGGCCCAGAUUGGGCUGAGCCAUUUGAGGUAAUGUGUGAUGCUAGUGGUAUUGCUUUAGGAGUUUUGUUGGGGCAAAAGCGCUACAAGAUGUUCCAUCCGAUUUACUAUGCUAGUAAGUCACUAAAUGGAGCACAACGAACUAGCUAUGGUGUAUGCUUUCGAGAAAUUCAGAGCUUACUUACUGGGCGAUGUAUCCCUGAAGCUGAGAUGUUGCAUAUUCUAGAAGCUUGUCACUCCUCUCCGGAUGUGAUAGAAAUAGUAAGGAGUUGUGAUGUGUGCCAGCAGCAAGGAGCCAUCUCUCGGCGCCAUGAGUUACCCAUGACACUUAUUCUGGAGGUGGAGCUAUUUGAUAUGCGGGGAGUCGAUUUCAUGGGCCCAUUUGUGAGCUCAUAUGGGAAGAAGUACAUAUUAGUGGCAGUGGACUAUGUGUCCAAAUGGGUUGAGGCAGUUGCUUUGCCUGAGAAUGAUGGCAAGAGUGUUGCUGGGUUUUUUAAGAAGAAUAUAUUCUCAAGGUUCAGCACACCCAGAGCUAUCAUCAGUGAUGGUGGUUCCCAUUUCUACAACAAGACAGCUUUCAAUACGCCUAUUGGUAUGUCUCUAUAUCAUUUGGUGUUUGGAAAGGCAUGUCAUUUUUUUAUUGAGCUCGAGCAUAAAUCACUCUGGGAUUUGAAGAAAUUGAACCUUAGUUGGAGUGAAACUGCAAACAUGAGGCUGGAUCAGAUUAAUGAGAUGGAUGAGUUCCAUUUGAGAGCGUAUGAGAGGUCUGCACUAUACAAGGAGAGGAUGAAGCUACAUUAUGAUAAGCAUAUUGAGAAGAGAACCUUCACUCCUGGUGAUUUGGUGUUACUUUUCAAUUCUAGACUUUGUUUGUUUCCUAGGAAGCUGAGAUCCAAAUGGUCUGGACCUUUGGGUAACUUAGGUGUUCCAGUCGGGUGUUAUUCUGUAACGCCCCGUACGAAACUAGUAAGACCUAGCUAA